AUGACGCACGUUGGUGCUGCGCACAGCUUGCCUCCUCAAUUUGAUUCGCUUAGCCCAGAGGAGGUUGACAUGCUUCGUGACUCUUUCAUUUAUAUGGACCGUGAUAACGAUGGUCACGUGAGUAAGGCUGAGUUACUUGAUAUGGUCUUUCGCUGUGUGGGUGAGGAGCGGUAUGGACCAUUGGUUUCGUACCUUCUUCCGCUGUUCGAUGUGGCCGACAAGGAUGGUGAUGGCAAAUUGAGUCUCGCCGAGUUCGUAAUGUCUUUUGUUGAUGGUCCUGGUGUUGUCCCGGCGGAGGUAAUAAAUAGCUGCGUGUCGUCAAUUCGCGUUCGUCUCACAGAUGAAGAGAUUGUAACGCUGCAGGAUUCGUUUCGCCGCAUCGACACGAAGGCUGAUGGCUACAUAGACAGGGAGGAACUGCUUGCUGCUCUUAAGGAGAAUCUCAAGGAUACAUUCCCCGAUCUGAGAGAGAACAACUUUAAUGACAUCGUCGCCGUUAUUAUGGCCAGCGCGGAUGUGGACAACGACGGUCGCUUAUGCUUAUCAGAGUUCAUUCGUUCUUUUCAAGAAGACCAAGGCGUGUUGCCAGCCGUGUUUGUGGAUGCAAGAUCGAAUGGCUUUGUGCAACAUCUUUCACCGGCGGAGGUUGAGGUUCUCCGGGAGGCCUUUGCGACAUUGGACAAAAACCACGAUGGUUAUGUGGAGUUUGCUGAUAUAUACGAGUCGCUGUGGGAGGCCGUCUCCGACGAAAACUACGACAAAAAUCAAAUAUAUGAGCUCUGUGAUCUCAUAAUGGUCACAACAGACCGCAGCAAAAGCGGCGUCCUAACUCUGGGGGACUUUGUUCGGGGGUUUAUUCGUAACGUCACCUUGGUGCAACUUCCCGUCGCAACUGCACAUGAAGAAAUACUACGUUGUUGCGAACGUGUGCAACUGUUGUUCGAGAGUGGUGAGCUGGAGCGGCUUUCAGGGUACACUGAAACUGGUGAAAACACAACGAAAUGUGUAAAUCCUGGUGGCCUCGUGUCUGUACUUAGCAACGUGUUUCGCGAUGGCUUCCCUCUGCUGGAGGAAGAAAUUCUUUCAUCCGUAAUAGGUGCCCUCGUGGCUGCGUCUGAAAACGAUCUAGAUAAGAAAUUUGGAAUUGAGGAGUUUAUUUCAUGCUUCGCCGGGGGUCCGUGCUCUUCCUCUGACGGUGUCGGGUUGCUGGAUCACGAGAACGCUAUUUCUGAGUCAGACGUCCAAACUGUUUCGAGGCUCCUCAGGGACCUGGGGAAAAGUGCUGAUGAAGGCGGAAAUGUGCAAGAGCCAUUUGUGCUGGAGGCUGUCAGAAAUACCUUCCGCGAUGAUCCAGAGAAGGCAGACCGUGUCGUGCAGUAUGUGCAAUACAACACAACGUGCCCAUCCAACCUUGGUUCGGGGGUAGGAGGGUUGGGUUCCUCUUCCAAACUCCUUUCUAGUAAGGAGGAUUCGGCAAGCUUACCCACAAAGAAGUUCUCAGGGCCGGUGCGGGGUGUAGACGCUGCGGUUCAAUGUGAGCAGGUCAGUGAGACUCAGGGGGAACCGGAGGAGGAAGAGGAGGAACUGCGGGUGGCGGAACCACUAACAGAAAAGGGAGUUGGAGGAACAUCGCUCGGACUGAGGGAUUUACUGAAAACAAGCAGCGGGGCUAAUGUGGGAGCAAAGACGGGGAGAUUGCUUACGUCGCGUCCAGUCUAUCGUAGCAUGCGGAUUUCAGAGUGGGCCGCGAACCAGAGAAGUGGGUUGAACCUUUCUGAUGCAACCAUAGAGGGUAAGCAAAAAGGGUUCGACAGCAAGCUGCGGAAGGAGUUUGAAAAGUUUGCUGAGGGAAAUGAUUACAUUGAGCGCAGUCGGUUUGUGAAGUUGUACCUCUCGAUGGAGCAUUUCGGUCUGCCGCCCAGUGAGGCGCAGGUGAACGAACUUGUGUCCCGCUACUGUAGGGGUGACAAGCUCAAGUUCAAUGAGUUUUGUAUUAUCAUGUUGCGCCGUGUUGGGAUGUAG